CGGGGCGCGGCGGCCUCGGAGCUGGCAGAAGCUCGGGGGAACAUGGCGGCGGAGGAGGCGGCGGUCCCAGCGCUCUCCAGCGGCAGCAGCGGCGUGGGCACGGGGGCCCCGUCGGGCACCGUCCCUGUGCUCUUCUGUUUCUCGGUCUUCGCGCGGCCCUCGUCCGUGCCCCACGGUGCCGGCUACGAGCUGCUCAUCCAGAAGUUCCUCAGCCUGUACGGCGACCAGCUCGACAUGCACCGCAAAUUCGUGGUGCAGCUCUUUGCUGAGGAGUGGGGCCAGUACGUGGACCUGCCCAAGGGUUUCGCGGUGAGCGAGCGCUGCAAGGUGCGCCUUGUGCCGCUGCAGAUCCAGCUUACUACCCUGGGAAAUCUCACACCGUCGAGCACUGUGUUUUUCUGCUGUGAUAUGCAAGAAAGGUUCAGACCGGCCAUCAAGUAUUUUGGGGAUAUCAUUAGUGUGGGACAAAGACUGUUACAAGGGGCUCGGAUUUUAGGAAUUCCAGUUAUUGUAACAGAACAGUACCCUAAAGGUCUUGGAAGCACUGUCCAAGAAAUUGAUUUAACAGGUGUAAAACUGGUCCUUCCAAAGACCAAGUUUUCAAUGGUACUUCCAGAAGUAGAAGCAGCAUUAGCAGAGAUUCCUGGAGUCAGGAGUGUUGUGUUAUUUGGAGUAGAGACUCAUGUGUGCAUCCAGCAAACAGCUCUGGAGCUCGUGGGCCGAGGUAUUGAGGUUCAUAUCGUUGCUGACGCCACCUCAUCGAGAAGCAUGAUGGACAGGAUGUUUGCUCUCGAGCGUCUUGCUCGAACUGGGAUCAUCGUGACCACCAGCGAGGCUGUUCUGCUACAGCUGGUGGCCGAUAAAGACCAUCCAAAGUUCAAGGAAGUACAGAACCUAAUUAAGGCGAGUGCUCCAGAGUCGGGUCUGCUUUCCAAAGUAUAGGACAUUUGAAGGACGUAUGCUACUCACCGUCAGGCAACAGGACUGUAAGCCCGGACAAGCUCUUGUCUCUACUAGAAUUAAAAUGUUAAGUCAAAACUUGGCUCUUUUUUUGCGCCUCUUAGUAAAAUUUAACCAGUUAGACCAUUUGGGUACCAGCAUUUAGUUACAGAUGUCAAAGGCUUCAGGUGCUGCUUAUCGUCUUUCUUUCUCAUGCGUUUUUAUUUAUUAAAAACAUGAUAACAGAGGUGCCUGUUCUGUCUGUACUGUAUACAUUGACCAUAACUUCCCACAGUGCACACUCAUGAAGUUUUCCUCAAUUGUGCACUGUAAAGAAGAAGAUGUAUUGGUAACAGUGUGACCUUCGUGUUAUUGUAACAUGUGCAUUAAAACAUUAAGGGAUUCAGUGCUUGUAUUUUACAGGUUGGUUGGUUGAAAUGGGAUUAUUAUAUGAGAUUGAAAAGCAGGGCUUUGAUUCACGUUACCCCUUCCUAUCAUAAUGCAGUCGACUUACUUAUUGAGUGAGUUACAUCAUCUAAUAAGACAAAAUUAUGUAAUGAAUAAUUAUAUCUUCCUUGAUUAUACUGAUUUUCUUAUUCUGGUCACCAUCACUCAUUCUCCGUUAAUGUUCUCUUCUCUAGUUGAAUUUUCUGGAGAGACUUGUUGGGUCCCUGUGUUGAUUUUGUGAACAGGUGGGAAGAUCUGCGUGUCCUGUAAUUGCGGGAGGGCUGUUUCAAAGUCUGUGAAGUGUUACUGUAGUUGAAUAUCUUUAGAAAAAUCUUGACUGUAUCUUCUAAUAUAUAUAUAAGAAUUAGCAAAAAGAUAAAGGCUGGAUAAAAUGUAGUUAUAAAUGUCCAUAUUUUUGUUUGGUAUUUUCUCCACCUACCCUUCAAUUAUAAAGGCACCAGUAAUGAUGUGGUAGUGUUAAUUUUGUAGUCCUUGCUAUCCUUCAAUAAAUUUAUUUUCAUUAAAUACUUAGAGGGUUUUAAAACUUCUUAAUAUUAUGUGAAAUAUGGAAUAUUGCUCUCUUUUAUAUUAAAGUCAUUAAAGAAAAGGUA